AUGUCCCCAAGCGAAAAGCCACUUCCAGCCUCGAUCGCCGCCGAGCCUCGAAAGGGUGCCAGCGAACAGCAGCCAAGCGAGUUCAAUACGAGGUCUAUUCUGACGCUCAUCGGAUCUGCCUUGGCGACCUUCUGCACCGUUGGCUUCCUGAACGCAUUCGGAGUCUUCAUUGAAUACUAUCAAAGUCAUCUGUUGACCGACAAAUCCUCAUUCGACUUGUCAUGGAUUGGAUCAUUCUCGACCUUUGUGUUCUUCCUGACUGCUGCGCCAGCAGGUCUACUUGUUGAUCGCUGUGGGCCUACGAUCCUUCUCAUCGUCGGUGGCACAGUCACAGUCCUCUCCAUGUUCAUGAUCUCUCUUUGUCGAGAAUACUACCAGUUCUUCCUGGCACAAGGCUUCCUCCUCGGCGUGGGCCAAGCAUUCCUGGCAUGUCCAGUGUUUGCCAUGGUCAGCGGGCAUUUCAACAAGAACCGGGGUUUGGCAACAGGAUUUACCAUCGCCGGCUCCUCUCUUGGUGGAGUCGUGUGGCCGAUCAUGGUGAAUCAGCUCCUCAACAAGAAGGCCGUCAGUUUUGGCUGGACAAUCCGCAUCGUCGCAUUUACCAUGCUUCCACUCGUGGUCAUCACUUGUGCGACUGUGCGUCCUCCUGCCGCAAAGAAGCCCGAGGAGGAAGAGGCUGCCACAUCAUGCACCACAGACAGACCCAAGAAGAAGACAGACCUGUCAAUCGUCAAGAAUCGGGUAUUUCAGACCUUCUGUGCCGGUAUAGGACUAUUCUACCUGGGCAUGUUCUCGCCUUUCUUCUUCACCACCUCAUACGCUGUCAGCAUUGGCUUCUCAACCAGUUUCGCCUUCUACCUGGUCUCCAUCCUGAACGCCGCAUCCCUGUUCGGCAGGAUCUCUGCAGGGUGGCUUGCAGAUCGGUAUGGCCAUUUCAACCUGUGCUCCAUAAGUGCCCUUCUGUCGGCGGCUGUUGCGUUUUGCUGGACAGCAGCUACCAAUACCGCAGGAAUUGUGAUAUGGGCUCUAGCUUACGGGUUCUGCUCAGGGUCGAUCUUGGCUCUACAGGUGUCGUGUGGGACGAAGCUAGCAACGCCCGAGACCUAUGGUACCGCUGUCGGCAUGAUCAUGGCAAUUGUGUCCUUAACCGGCCUGUUCGGGUCUCCCAUCAGUGGUGAGCUUAUAAAGUACGGCUACCUCGCUCUGUCCAUGUAUGUGGGCGCAGUGACUGCGUUGGGAGGCGCGUUGAUCUGCCUUGCUCGGUUUCAGCUGUCGCAAAAGCUGUUGGUUAUUGCCUGA